ACACAACAUUUCGUCUCCGCUGUAUUAGAGCUUGAAAAGAGCUGGUCGAGUCGCUGACCAAUUAAUCGAGGCUUCCGAUAUAAUCUCGCACUCACACAUACGCGCACUGUGCGUGCGUCCUCGCGAACCCCGGCUCUUCUUUGUAUUGACCCACCCACACUCUUCUGGACGUUCGGGCGUUCGUCUCAGAUUGCUCUCAACUUUCGCGAGCCGCGAUUGCUGAUCGGAGCGCGAGCGAACCGAGACAAAGGCCGGGAGGAGCUUCGAGGACGGAAUAUUCGGAACGGAGUGGCUGGCAGAGUCGCUGCGAAUCCUGCGAAUCGACGGAUCGAUCAUGGAGCGGUGCGCAUCGCGUCUCCGAGCGACGUGAGGCCGUUGCGAGCGCGCAGCGCCCUGAAAAGCGCCGCGCCGUUCGGACCAGCGAGAGAAAGAGCUGUUGUCCACGGGCUAAGGCGCCGCGUCUCGUUCGCAUUCACUGGGCGUCACUGUCGGGAGCAGCGGCAUCGGGGGCGGCACGACGCACAAACGUGCCCCGCGUCGAGAGGUUGAGAACCGCUCCGAUAACUUGUCACGAGUGAAUUAUUGUAUAUUUUAUCUGUUGGAACGAUGACUUCGGAUUACUUUACUUUGCCAAUUAAUAUGGACAGAGUAUGCAGGAUCUGUCUUACUGAGGCUACCAAUUUGUCAUCAAUUUUCUCACCUCAGAAAGAAUCCCUAACAGUCAAUGAUCUCAUGGAUCUUUCUCAAAAAAUACAAGUUUGUGGCUCUAUCGAGCUACACGAGCAGGAUGGAUUGCCUUCCCUGAUUUGCGACGUUUGUAUUUAUAGGGCCACUAUCGCCCAUGAGUUUAGGCAGCAGUGUCAACACUCUGAUGCAAAGUUGCGCAUGUACUACAAUAAGCCUGCCAAGUGCAUUAAGUCUGCCACAGAUUCUUGUACACAGACAGAUCUACAAAAUGUGCUGUCGAAAAAGUCGGACCCCUUCCAGGAGGAUUAUUUUGUAAAAGAGAACAUGCAGGUGGUUGCGAGUGCACAGGAGUACAGUCAAGCCACUGAUUCGUUUCCCAGAAGCGAAAUCAAUCUGAAUACCAAUCAAAUUCAAAUGUCAGACGAGAAGCUAUUUAUUUGUUCCAUUGGAUUUGAAGGGACUAAAGAGGAUGAGAAGGAUUCUUGCAUAUCAGAGGUUCAUCAAAUGACGAUAGUGCAGGAGGAUGUACCAGAUACAUCUAACAUUAUCAAUUUACAAAACAAGGAUGACGAUAUUAAGGAAACCGAUCAAUAUGUAGAAAAAAAUAAUACAGAUCAGGAGGAUCAGCAGUUUGUCAAUGAAAGCUUAUCUAAUGAUAAUGUAAAAGAGGAAAGCGUUCCUCAGAAACGUACGUCUACGAGAAAGACGAAAUCAGCUAAAACUUACAGCGACGACGAAAUCGCAGACAAUUAUUACGAGCCAAGCAGCGACAGUCAAGAUUCAGUGGAGACGAAAUUUAAGUGCAAAGUCUGCUCCAAGCAAUAUGCUACGCAGAAAGGUUUGAAGAAACAUUUGUUGGUACACGAAAAGAAAUAUAAGUGCGACGUCUGCCUAAAGAUGUUUUAUAAGCAGGAAAACAUGGAGAAUCAUCAGAAGAUUCACACGUCGAAGCCGCACGCGUGUCAACUUUGUCAUGCGUCCUUUUCCAAGUCUCAAAGUCUCGUGAGACAUUUGAAGUCACAUACAGAGAAAGUAAACGAUAUGAUUAAGCAGAUCAAUACGAGCGAGCGAAAGGAUAAUAAAGAACCGAAGAAAGAGCUCAAGAGCGAAGGCGAUACCGAUGACGAAACUGGGCCUGCGAAUGAAGCAGACGAGUUCGAGAACGCGCCCGAAUUAUAUAAAUGCGAGACUUGCAAUCAAUACUGUUCAUCUUUAAAGAAUCUAAGAAGACAUACUCUCGUGCAUGGCGAUAAGAAAUACUCUUGCACAGUAUGUAAGAAAUGGUUUUUCAGGCCGGACACGUUGAAGAAACACGCGGAGAAGCAUGGACAUGGGCUGCUGGAUAACUUGGUGGACGAUAACAAGUUGUACGAUUCGGACGACGACGAAAUGCCGAACAGUAAUACGAUGAGUGCCACGCCAGAGAGCGAGAACGUAAAAAAAGAGGAGAGUGACGAGGAAGGAUCCGGAGAAUACAAGUGUCAGCACUGCGACAAAGUCAUGGCCACUAAGAAAGGUCUGCGACGGCACGUGUCGAUGCACAAGCCGAAGGCCGAGCCCGUUACCUGCGAGAUCUGUAGGAAAGUUUGUGCUAGUCAGGCUCGUCUCGUUCUCCAUCAGAGAACGCACAAACCGAAAGAGAAAGUGCCGCGCGAAUACCUAUGUCACAUCUGCAGUAAGGUAUACCCGAGCAAUUCGUCUCUCACCUAUCACAUGCGAACUCACACCGGUAUUAAGCCACAUGUAUGCAAGACGUGUAACAGCGGCUUCACGACUACGACGAGCCUGGCGAAUCACAUUCGCAUUCACACAGGCGACAAGCCGUUUGUCUGUCACGUGUGUAGUGCCGCGUUUGCUGUGAGCUCGGCUUUUCGUAGGCAUUUAACUCGACAUACCGGCGAAGCAAAUUAUCUGUGCAAAACUUGCGGCAAGGCUUUCAAGAGGCUCAGUACAUUGAAGGAGCACACGUAUACCCAUUCCGGCGAGAAACCAUACGUGUGCAAGACAUGCGGUGCCGCGUAUAGCCACAGCGGCAGCCUCUUUGCACAUCAGAAGCGCUGCCGUGCCCAGUACGGUGAGAUGAUUGUUGAUGAUCACAAUCAUCAUCACAUACCGCACACAGUCACUCAUAUUCACGUGAAUAUGAAUAACGUGAAUAAUGGAGCGGGAGUGCGACCAGUCGCUGUGAUAGGUCAAAUGUUUUAAAAAUGACAAUAUGGUAUCACAGAUUUACAAGUGUUGUCCAUGAGUGUCUGCGAAUGUAAUGUAUAAGCUGUUGCUGUUGCAGCUGUAAAUUCUACGUACGAAAUGCAUGCAACAUAAGCGUCAUUCUUGUAAAUAUACACGCAUCUCUUUUGUCAUAAUGGAAAAAUGUUCCUUGGACUCGGCAUUUGAAAGACGUUAACGAUCAAGCAACACAGAUUCAAAAUACGUUUAAUAAACGUUAAAAAUCAUUUUUAAACAUUGAAGCUGAAAAAGUAAAUGUUAAAAAUUUGAUUUUUUAGAUCGAUUUUUUUUUUUUUAACUAAUAAAUAUUAUAAGAACAUUUUAUAAAACUUUAUAACGUCUAUUAACAUUUUUUUUACUAGUUAUAUAGUUUUUUAUGAGACAUCUUAACAGUGCAACGUUAAAUAAACGUUUAAUAAAUUUUUUUUUUAAUGUAUCGACUAAAUGUUUUUUGAACGUUCAUUAAACGUAAACGGUCUGCUUGUGUGCUUUGAUUUUAAAACCACGUAAGUGAGUAUCCAUGAUAAAAUUAAACAUACUCAUGUUUAUAUGAGGAAUGAAGAAUUUUCAAAAUGAAAUAAUUACUGUUAUAAAAUUGCGAACUAUUUUUUUAUUAUUUGAUAUUCAUAGGUAUGAAUAUUUGUGGACUACAUAUUUCAACAUGUGUACAUAUAUAUAUAUAUUUUUGUAUGUAUUCGUAUAAUCCAGAUCUUGUUAUACCACAUAUUACAUGAUAGUUGUUUAUGUUAUGUUAUUUUAAGAGAGAAUAGUUGCCCAAGCCUUUCUUUUUAUACAGCAGAAUUUUAUUUCUUUCCUUCACCAAUACAAUGUUAUUUAUCCAGCUAUUGAUCGGAAUGGAUUAUCAUGAAAACUAAAUCAAUUGGAGACAAGGCAAAAAUUAAGACAAAUAAUAUUUGUAGUAGCAAUAUCUUCUAUCUUUUACAGAUUUAGAAAUUCGUACGCAUACUGAUGAAUUUAUAAAAAAUCUCGAUACAAAGCACAACGCGAUUAUUAAUCGUUCGAUUUUUAAUGUACAUUUAAAAAAUAUUAAUAGCUGAUGCGCAAAAAUAGUGGCGCUAGAAAUGUAAUAUCAGGUAUACAAUUUCUGGUCUGUGAUUAUUGUAUACAUGAUGAUUGAAUGAAAGAACUCGAUCAUUUAAUAAAUUUAAUCGGCAUAUAUUUCAUUACACAAAUAAAUGAAUGAUAAUCAUAUUCAUGAUGUGUAUACAUUUAUGAAAAUCUUAAAUUAUGUUAAAUACAAAUGAUGGGUAAUGUUAUUACACAAAGAAAAUAAUAUUGUGCGAUUAUAUUUUUUUAACUUUGUUAAAAAUGAAAACUUUAAUGUUAUAUGUUCAGCAUAAGCUAAUAAUCAGAAUAUGAUUCAUUUAAAUUAUCCGUUGAUUAGUAAAAAUAUACCUAUUUCUUAAUUAUUUAUAUAUUUAAAGUGUUGAAAUUAAUUUCAAUUUUUAAUCAAACAAUGGUUUAUAUGAACUGAGAUGGUUCAUAUAAAAAAUAAGUGAGAGAGAGGAGGGGGAAUGUACAAAUAUACAUAUAAAUAAUAUUAGUUACAUUAUAUAUAUGUAUAUAUAUAUAUAUAUAUAUAUAUAUAUAUAUAUAUAUAUAUAUAUAUAUAUAUACACAGAUUAUAGGUGAGACUGAUCAUCAUUCAUUUAAGUAUUUAAUAAUAUAAAAUUUGUAAACCUUAUUUUCCUAAAUAUUGAAUGAAGUAAAGUUUGUAUUUAAAAAUCGUAGUAUCAUUUUAUUAUAUUUUUUGUAUUGUUAAUAGAAGCUUUUCGAUCCAUAAUUCUUGUUGCGAUAUAGAUCUCUCCAUCUCAUUAAUAUAUGAUCAAUACAUAAUUAAAUGAAUUUUUUAUCAAUCAGAAACAAUA